AUGAAGACCAACUUUGCAGCCCUGCUUUCCGCCACGCUGGUCGCCGCCAGCGCUGUGGAUGCGUCGGUGAUCCCGGCCGAGGCGCCCACGCUGCAGGAGCGUGCUGCCACUACGCUCAACGCUGCCAUCAAGGCCGACGGUCGGCGCUACUUUGGCACGGCCACGGACCAGGGCACGUUCUCCAUCUCGCAGGUGUCGAACAUCAUCAAGAGCGAGAUGGGCUGCGUGACACCCGAAAACUCGAUGAAGUGGGAUGCGACCCAGCCUAGCCGCGGGCAGUUUACGUUUGGCGGAGCGGAUGCGCUUGUCAACUACGCCACGUCCAACGGCAAGAUGAUCCGUGGACAUACGCUGGUGUGGCACUCGCAGCUGCCGUCGUGGGUGCAGGCGAUCACGGAUCCUACGGAUCUGACCAACGUGCUCAAGCAGCGCAUCUCGACGCUUGUGGGACGCUACAAGGGCAAGGUGUACGCGUGGGAUGUGGUCAACGAGAUCUUUAACGAGGACGGUACCAUGCGCAAGAGCGUCUUCUACAACGUGCUGGGCGAGUCGUACGUCAAGAUCGCGUUUGAAGCUGCACGUGCCGCCGACCCGAACGCAAAGCUGUACAUCAACGACUACAACUUGGAUGUUUCGACGUAUCCGAAGCUGACAGGACUGGUGAGCAAGGUCAAGCAGUGGCGUAGUCAGGGGAUUCCCAUCGACGGCAUUGGGUCGCAGUCGCAUCUGGCUGCACCGGGUUCGUUUGGAGAUGCGUCGGGCGUGGGCGCUGCGAUGAAGGCAGUAUGCUCGGCCGCACCCGAGUGCGCCAUGACCGAGCUCGACAUUGCGGGUGCGGCGGCGUCGGACUAUGCAAAGGCCACCUCGGCCUGCCUCGCCCAGUCCAACUGCGUGGGCAUCACCGUGUGGGGCGUGAGCGACAAUCUGUCGUGGCGAAGCGACAAGAGCCCGCUGCUGUGGGACGGCAGCUACAACAAGAAGGCGGCCUACUCGGCGGUGCUCAACACGCUCAACCAGGGCCACUGA